UCUUCUCUGUCGUAUGUGAGUAUUGUGCUUUCAAUCAAAAACAUAGAGUAUGAGGCGGCCGCGGCGAUGAACCGGCGAGCGCUGGAGGGAAGUGAGAAGUCGCUGGGGAAAGAGCACCCUUCCACGCUGAACAGCGUGGGCAAUCUGGCCUAUCUAUUGCAACAUCGGAAUCGCUACAAAGAAGCUAUGCUGCUCUAUAAGAGGGUUUCAUCUGGCUACACCACCACUCUCGGCCUGGAUCAUCCGACAACUCAGGCAUGACUGGCUCAUCAACUCUCCCUCGAGCAGCUGUUGCACAGAGAAGCGACUGAAAACUCACAUCAUGAUUCAAGGCAUGCAUUAAGACACGAGGUUGUAGCCGACAAUACCCUUCUGCCCAAUUCUGGCUCCCUAGAGAGUAGUCCACUUAGACCAGAGCCGCUUCCAAAAGAGGGCUGAUGGCGAAAGUUCAAGAUGAAGGUACACAAGGCAUGAGGUAGCAUCAGCUAUACACUGUAUUUGCUUUUAGUAUAGUAUACAUUAGACUUAAUUAUUAAAUACAAGUAGACAGUGCAGUAAGCAUGUAUUAUACUGGUGAGUCACAGCACCGAAGUGGCGCGGCGUCAACAGUUGCCACCACCAGCUGAGAGCAUGGCCGACCCGUUCCUGCCCUGACCCAAGGUCAGGGCAGGAGCGGGUCAGCCAUGCAUUAGCUCGUGGUGGUAAAUUUGCUACGCCUUUCUUUCUUUACAGUUACAUAAGCAUAGCUGUCGGCAUGCUGCGUAUAUUACUCCAUCGUUACUACUGUGCAGUAUGUUUUGAAAUGCAGCCACCUAGUUUAGAAGAACUAUCCAGCCAACUAUGAACCUGUCUCUAUCAAGAUUACUUUGCACCCCUUGCUUUUAGCAGCUUCACCACCGCCUCGUGGCCUUCAGAUGAAGCCGCCUGGAGUGCGUUGCCGUAGUAUCCACCCGGCGCGUUGACGUCGGCGCCCUUGUUGAGCAGCAGCUUCACAAUCGCUUCUAUCCACCCUGCGCGUUAACGUCGGCGCCCUUGUUGAGCAGCAGCUUCACAAUCGCCUCGUAGCCUCUAGAUGAAGCCGCCUGGAGUGCGUUACCGUAGCCUCUACCCUGCGUGUUGACGUCGGCGUCUUUGUCUAGCAACUUUUGAGCCGUUGCCUCUUGGCCGUAAUUAGCAGCCCAUAUUAACGCUGAGCUUUCCGAGUAUCGUAUAUUAUAACGGUAGAGAUAGGUAUUUAGUAAACGGUAAAGGCGGUGGUUAGCUUGUGUAAAGGCGUUGAUAUC